AAUAGUAUACAAUAUAUCAGAACAUUUAUCAUUUCUUUAACAAUAUAAUCUCUCAACAUGUAAUAGUCAGGUACUUUCACUCUCUUAUUAUAAUUUCUUAUUUCUUUUAAUCUUCUUAAACACUGUUUAUCCUUCAUCAAACUCAAUACGUAGUCCACUUUAUUAUUAUCAUCCAUGCAUGUUUCGGUUUUAUCCCAUUUCUUUGGCCUAUUCUUCUGGUCACAUCGCUGAUUUUCUGCUUUAAAGCGAAUGUGCCGUGGAUGCAUGCCGUCGAUCUCCGGUCCUCCAUCCUGGUCUCGGUCCGGAAUCCUCCUCGGGCGUUUGAAACGGGCAUGCGGCUGGUAUCGUCGCGCGCGGUACUUCUUUUUCUUCCGCUUGACUUUCCGCCUCCGGGCCUUGCGGUGCAUGCCUCUUUUCUCCUGUAGUCGGUCAUGCAGUCGGUCGUCCGGUGUCUGCCUCGGGCGUUUCCGUCUCCGGGCCUUGCGGUGGGCGUUCCUCCGAUCCUGCAUGUUGUCCUCCCGGUACUCACUGGUGUCUUCCUUCCCAUCCUUGGUGUGCCUCGGUGUGGUCGAUUGAUGCGCGGGUGUAGGCUCGGUGCGCGGAUGCUUGGUGGUGGUCCUUUGAUGCGCGGGUGUGGCGUUCAAAACGAGUUCAUCGCAUGUGGGCUCCAUAUUACAUAAUUCCUCUACUGUAACCUGGUGUUCCUCGGUGGCGGGUUGCUCUUCCUGCGGUGAUGGUUCUUCAGUGGGAAAUAUAAGGCUCAAGAGGGAUUGAUGUUUACAGGGCGUUUCAAGUGCAUGGCGGGCGGCGGUUUUGUGUGGUAGGCUGUCUUGUAUGGGCUCCUGUGUGUCUGGUGGUGGGUCAUUUGCAUGUUGAUUUUGUGUUGUCCUUGUUGUAUGUGCUAUUGUAUAAGAUGUAUUUGUUUGGUUAUGAUUUUGUUUAUUUUCGUCCUGUUUUGUGAAGGUUAUUUUCCGUUUAUUAUUUCUAUUCCAGUGAUCUCUGUUAUCAUAAUAUGCCUCUUUGUGAUGCUGUUUACUGUUUCGGUAUUGAAACUUAUUUCUAUAAUUAUUAUCAAAUGAUUGAACUCUGUUAUUAUUUUCAGUAUACUUCGCUCUUUGCGCAUUUGCUCUAGCAUUUGCUAUAUGAUUUUCAUUAUUACUGUUUUGUUUGAAAUUACUAUUUUGCUGAUUAAAAUUUCUUGCUUGUUUAUUUAUAUGAUUUGGCUCAGAAGUAGCUGAUUGGAUAGAAUGUAAAUGUUCUAUCAGUUCUUCACAACUGGAAAUCGAAGAUACUGCCAGUGUCAUACGAACAUUGAAAGGAAGCUUUUUUGUUAAUAUGUGGACCAGUGAUGAAUCAGCUAGAUAUUCGUCUAACUGAUAGUUUCUAUUCAUCAAAUCUGUUAUAAAAUCAGUGUAGGAUUGUCUAUUUCUACUAUCGUAAGUGCAUAAAAUAAUUUCUGAUAAUGCGUCCAUCUGUUUACAUUUACUCCAAUACUGUUGCAGGAACUGGGAGAUGAAGUCCUCCAGGCUGUUGAUAUCUCGCAUCCGGCUCUGGAAAAACAUCAGCGGCUCGCCGAGUAAUAGACUGGACAGUUGGAAACGCCAUACUAACCAAGAGGUUGGUGGCGGAUGGCGGUUGACUGGCGAUAUCGGAUGGCGAUUGGGUAGCGGCAUUCUCCGUUCCUUCGGCGACGCUUGGAGCGAUCUGCGAAGACGCCGGUACCGGGUUGGACGCCCUCACUCCCUCAUCCGGACUCUCAUCGGACUUACUCGCAUCGACGACGUUAUCAAUCUUCGUAGAAGACAAUUGGGCUAAGUUUUGCGGGUCGAAACUGAUGGAGCAUAUGCUGCCUCCCUCUCUCUCUCGUGGGGUCUCCGCUGCAUCGUCCUGGGGCUGUUGAUUUGCCGGUGUCGUGGCUACAUAGUUUUGGGGAUGUUCGCUGAAGUAGGAAAUUUGCGAGUUAGCCGGCGACUGGUUCAUGGUGACGUUAUUAUGGAAAACUUCGAGUAAAUAGCCAAGUGUGUUGCCAAGUCUCAGGAAUAUUAAAAUGGAUUCAGUGAUAGUGCCUAUUCUGGAUAAAAUUGUGUUGUGUUGAAGUUUCAAGUGUCAUAUACAUAUAUUACAAAAAGACCUUCUAGUGCUACAGGUACGCUUAUCAACAUAGACAGAUAUGGCUUACAAAUUACACUAAUAUAGUUCUUAAAAUUUUAAUUAGGGUCUUAUCCUCCUGAAUAACGAUAGUAUUAUAAUGCCUCAAAUAACCUAUAACCCUGGUCAGCAUACAAUGUCUAGAUUCAAAGAUCAAAAUCAAAAUUUUUACUAUAACUUUUAUGGAAAUUUCCAUCCAAUUUUCUCUAUUAUGAGAAUUAUGUUCUCAAACUCGUGUGAUACAGUUUGUCUGUAUUUAUGCAGCUUGAAAAAUUUUAAUUUGAAGAGCAACUCAAUUAUUUUAGCCAGAACUUACAAUAGAUCAUCAGAUAUAUCUUGUCGAAACAACUUCAGAUUAUGUUUCUUGCAGCUUUCAGUUUUAUCAAUAAUUUCAUUAAUCAUUGAUAGUAAGAUUGAGUAGGUAAGCUUUUCCUCAUGCUCCACUGGUUGGGUGCCAUUGUGUGAAGUUGUGCUCCUGGGGGGGUUAUCUCUUAUGAUAGAGUCCCACGUUAUGAAGCUAUUGUGAGAAGUUGUAGAUUGCAAUUCCUUCACAGAUAAUACGAUGUUUCUGGUAUUUAUAAGAGCAGUCUCUAAAUUCCCUCUUUUGCGAAUAAAUUCACAAAAAAUUAAGGCCUUCCGGCUCGCAAAAUUACUGGGUUCAAACCUCAGCUCUAGCUCAGUGGUAGAAACAUGAAUUUUAUAAAUACAAAUAAUCACCAUAAGGUUCAAGGACCAGGGAUUGAUAAUUCUUACCGCUGCUUCUAUGAAGUUCUUGAAGAAUACCAGUAAGGAAAUUAAAAGAAUAUUUGAUGACUGAUUAUCAGUAACCAUGUACCACUAGAGAAUAAUCAGGACCAACUAUAGUUGUUUCUAGUUGAUUCUUAAAACGCUCGUCGUGAGUACAAGUAUUCACCAAUAUACCCUUUCAAAAUUCCUUAGAACUUACAACGCCAGUUCUUGAAGCUCUCUGGAUCCUUAUAUGAUAUAACUGGAACCUUAUUAAUAUAAUUUCUUAAUAUAUUUGUUCUGGCUGAUGAAAUGAAUAUCAUCAAAGGAUGAUAAAUAUUGAGUGCUCUGAAUAAGGUUAAUAUUAUUUGAUUCUAUGAUUUUAAGUGCUGCUAAAUAUUUGUUGGUACCAAAACAGCUCAAACUAUAUAACACGAGAUGAGUUGGGAUAUAAUAAAAAAUUCUAUAAGUUUGUAUGCUGACAUAAAACACAAAAUAUAUUCCCAUAAAAAAGAUGUGCAUAAAAUAUUCGAUAUAACUAUAAUUCACUUAAAUAAUCUAUUUUAAAAUCUGAAUAAUUAUCACAGGCUUUGCUAAUAUUCACAAUAAUGAAUUUCAAAUUCAUAAAUAUAUUAUAUUUAAUACUGGUACUUAGACUUCCAAUCAAUAUAAAAUUCUGCAGAUAAAAACCUGUUCGGUCUAUAAGUUUGAUAUGGUAUAUUUUGUUCAAUAAACAAAAUUAAUAUUUAAUAAAUUAAUAUUCAAACAUGAGAUCUCAGGGCUUUUAAUAUGAAUUCGGGCAGUGCAUGGAAGUAAGCUUCCUACAUAUAAUAAAUAAAUUUAUAAAAUGUUCUUGUGAACUAUGUGAUAUUGUUCAACACGUGGUGACUUUUUAUUUUAACUCUAAUUAAUUGGAAUAGCGCUUUUUUAUUAAUUAUUACCCCACUGAACGUAGACAAAUGAGCUCAUUUGGUUUGACUUAUCACUCACUGACUGAAGUUCUGGAUGUUCUCGUGGAUUGAAUUAAUUAUUUCCAAUAAUUAAUUAGGUAGGCUCCUUUUCGUCACUGCUGGGCUAACGUGUGAUCCAGAUUUUUAUAAGUUUCUUUCGAAUUAAAGCUAUUUUUAUGGGAAUCUUUACAAUUACGAACUCCUUGACAGCACUGAGUUCACAAACAAUUAACAUUCAACAAACAUACAUUACAUUUAAAAAAGGGUUUGGCUUAAUAAUUCGUUAAAAAAUUUUUAAAAGGAAUAAGAAAAGACCCUAAACUCCAUGUGCAUCCUCUCGGGUUGGGAUCUUAAGCCAGAAGAAAAAGGUUUUCAGAAAAAUUUGCUUCUUCCUAGAAUAAUUCUAUAAGCUACUCUCUGAUUGGCCCUCAAUUUAAUAGACUCAAUACAAUUGGUUGCCUUGGGAAUCAGGGCUUCCUCGGCUUUAUAAUAGAAAAAAUUUAAUAAAAGAAGUUUUUAUACAGAUAUAUGGGGUAUUUAUCUUAAAUUGAAUUCAUAAAUAAAUCGUAACAUACGAUUUUAAUAGAUAAUACAUUUAGUUUUUAUAUGAGUUUUUUAUACUCUUGAUUUAUCAUGCUUUUUUAGAUUAUAAUAAAUAUUUAUACAGAAA